UUUCAUUCACUGAAAAAGUUCUGAAAAAAAAUGGUCUACAUCAAGGAACUAAUUGCUCUUUUCGCUUUGAUUGCUAUCGUAGCAGCAAAUGGCUACAAGCAUUCGUACUCUCACUACGACAAGGAUGACAAGUGGGAUAGACAUGAUAAGCAUGACCAUCACGACAAGCAUGACAAGCAUGAUCAUCAUGGCAAGUACGACAAAUAUGAUCAUCAUGACAAGCAUGAUCACCACGACAAGCAUGAUCACCACGACAAGCAUGAUCAUCAUGGCAAAUACGACAAAUAUGACAAAGACGACAAAUGGGACAAACACUACAAACAUGACAAGAAACACGGUUCAGACGUUGAAUUGCACAAAUUGUGCAGCUGGAACGUUGUUGAGUUCGAAAAAUGCAACUUGAGAAGUGACGCAUGGCACCCACUUAAAUUGGAUGCUGGUCGCAACUACAUCCCCGAAAACAACGUCCCAACUGGUUUUGCUUUCUCCCAAGAUGGCCGUGUCUUUGUUUCUCUUGCUCGUGAACGCAAAGGUGUCUAUGCUACCUUGGCUUACUUCCACUUGAAGGAUGUCCGUGACGAUUGCUGCCCCAAAUUGAGAGCUUACCCAUCUGACGAAGCCAACUCUUUGGAUGCCGAAUGCUGCAACGAAGGCAACUUGGUCAACGUUAAGCGUUUCACCGUCGACCGAUGCAACCGCUUGUGGGCUGUCGACAAGAACCUUCUCGACUUGAACGACAAAAACUGGGUUUUGGGAUCACCAAAAUUGGUUGUCUACAACUUGGGCAGCAACAAAUGCGAUCGUGAAGUCAAGAUCCCCCAAGAAUAUUACACACACUCUGCUCAAGGUUUGGACAGCGUUCUCGUUCACUCUGAACCUCACAAGCCCGAAGAUGCCCAUGCUUACAUUCCCGAUACCUACAACGGAUGCAUCGUCGUCUACUCAUACAAACAAAACAAAUUCUGGAAGGUGUGCUCACCCGAAUUCUACAGCGAUGCCAAAUACAGUAAAUUCUGCCUCGAAACCCGCAAGGGCAAGGAUGUCACCUACUACAGAAACGAAUUGGUCUACGAUUGUACCCUCGACUACAAGCGCGAAGAAGCUAUCUGCCACUCUGUCUCCUCUUUGGACGAAUUCACCGUUCCAUUGUGCGAAUUGGAAAGUGAGGAAACCGCUCGCUGCUCACCCGACUCUUUGAACGUCAAAUUCUUGGGACAAAAAUGCAAGGAUGGUCAAACUGGAACACACCACUUGAACCCCAAAAACCAAGUUGUCUGGGGAGUCCAAGAAUUGAACCAUGGUGUUGCUUGCUGGAACCGUGAAAACAAAUUGAGCCCUGAUGCCGUCAACGUUGUUGUCUCUUGCUCUCAACGCUUGCCAUACGUCGCUGACUUGGCUCUUACCAACUACGAUUUGGCACCAUUCUGCAAAUCACGCAAAUACCACAAGGAUGAAACCUACGUCGUUGUUUUGUCCAACAACCGUGCCAGCAUCCGUGCUCAUGGAUUCGACCAUAAACAAGAAAACUUUGCAUUCUACUUCUUCUCCGAAAGCGAGGCUCUCGAAUGCAACCCACAAUGCGCUCCUCAUAAACAUUCACACCACAAGGACAGCAAACACUAUGAACCCAGCCACAAAUCUCAUCAUGACUAUUCCAGACCCUAUUCUUACCGUUACAAGAAAUCCAAGGAAUCAGUCGCUGAACAAUAAAAAAAGACAGAUCUCAAGAAUGGCAUAAGGAUGUCAUCAACCGGUUACUUUUGUCCUGAAUUAAAUUUUAUUGUAAAUGAAAUUGAAAAUAAAAUGUAGACAAAAGUAAAUUUAAA